GCGGGGAAGGAGCCUGCGAGCUCAGAGCGGGGAAAGGGCAGCUUAAAGGCAACGGAACCGCCCGUACUUGGAGCUGCCCCCGGGGCCAGCGGCAGCAGCGGCGCCGGUGACCCUGUGCUGCAGGCGGGAACGGGCAAAAGCGGGGUGGAAGAGAAGCGGGGGCACCCGGAGGCUGCUGUGGGGCACAAAGCCCCUGGUCCUGCUCUGCACAGCAAGAACCUCCAUCUGUCCGUGACGGAAGCUGCCGGAGGUCAGAGCGAAGGGACAUCCAAAACUUACCUAAGCAGCACACAGGAGCUUAGUGAGAGCGCACAGCAGAUGGUGUCUGAGCCCAUCCUGAGCGCAAGGAGGGAUGCUGAGCUGGCCCUGCACCAGCCCGUGCUCCGCGCUUCCCAAAGCCAUCCCAUCUGCUUGCCCCGGGCUCCUGGCAGGAGCACGCAGGCAGGGGCCCUGGGCUUGGAGUGGUUUCCAGACUUACAUCCUAAUUAUGAUGGGCUGAGGAUUUUUCCAGGGAAGCCUUUCCAUGAGGAUGUGGGGAUCACAAUGAAGACACCAAUGGGCAGUUUCUCCGAGGGGCAGCAAGGUCCACUCCUGGAAAGGCGGCUGAUGGACGUGAGGCUGGGGGAGCUGCCCCUGUGGGUGACCACCAGAGACUUCUCCCCUCGGGCGCUGCUUGGAGGAGCACAGAGAGCCUGGAACAGCUACUACAACAAAUACAUCAACGUGAAGAAGGGUGGACCAGCCGGAGUCUCCAUGCUGCUGGCUGGGUACUGCCUCCUCAGCUAUGCCUGGAACUAUCAGCACAUCAAGCGUUAUCGCUGGCGUAAAUACCACUGAAGCAGCUGGAACAGCACCCAAGGAAUGAUCAGGAAUCUCUGCUGGCAGCCAGCAGAAGAGCUCAGAACCAGUGUCCCAGCAGGGACUCAAAUCAGCAGAGGUCAGAGUUGGGUUCUUCUAUUGCAGAGGGGCUGCUUUUCAGUUACCUCCUUGUAGGCAGAGGGAGGACGCUGACAGCCUGCAGUCACUGCUCUGAGGCUCAGGCAGCUUUUAGUACUGAAAGAAGAAAGCAGCAGAGCCACCCUGGGCAGUCAGGGUGCAGCAGAGCUCCUGUAGUCUGCAGAAGCCUAAAUCUUGCUUUGGGACACCAGGCACAGGACAAUUCCUGCACUGCUGCUAUAGAUUAAUGGACCUGUACGUUGUAGUCAGGGUGAUGUAAGGUUUGUGAUGGGCUGUGGCCAGAGUAACUGUUCCCUUUAAGUCAGAGCCCAUCUUUUACUUACCUUGAUGGGGUUUAACAGGAGAAAGGGGGUUCUUUCCUUCCACAUCGACCCCCCAGCCCUGCUUCACUGUCAGCACAGCACUGGUGCAACUGCCAGGCUCCGAGGUGAAGCCAUGAGAGCAGCAGCACUCGGACCACAGCGCCCUAUUUCUGGAGGAAGGGAAGGAAAAAAUUCCAUUGGAUGAGCUGUUGUGCCCAAAGGGCAAACCCGUGCCUGCAUCAGACUGAUGAGCACAGUUAGCACAGUGCUGGUUGUAGCCUGCCAUUGCCAAACAUGUCUGGGAAAGGGUUGCUCAUGCUACAGGCAUGAAGGG